AUCCCUGCUGGCGCUCGGCUGGGACGGCUUGGAUUCUGCAGAGGGGUCGAAAUCUGACAAGCGGAACCAGCCCUCAGUGGAUGAACAGCUGCCAAGAAGAGUCAGAGAACCUCUGAAACCUUCUGAUCUUCUCUUCUCAUGACGAACAGUUUUAACCCAUGAUGGCCGAGCCAACAUAUCAGCUGCUCCUCUCUGGGACUUUGCUGUUUGGGUUGGUGAUCUUCACAGCUUCCCAAAGACGAGCUGAAGAACAGUUCAGAACGAAGCCCAACUUCAUCAUCAUAUUGGCAGAUGAUAUAGGAUGGGGCGACCUGGAUGCUAACCAACCAGAGAAACACACAAAUAAUACGCCAAACCUUAACCAGAUGGCCCAGCAAGGGCUCAGAUUAACAGACUUCCAUUCCCCUGCUUCUACCUGCUCUCCAUCACGUGCUGCUAUCCUUACAGGCCGUUAUGGCCUCAGAAAUGGAGUCACUCAUAACUUCGGUGUAAAUUCUGUGGCUGGACUCCCUCUUUCUGAAGUCACGUUGCCCCAGCUCCUGCAGCAGGCUGGUUAUUACACCGCUCUCAUUGGGAAAUGGCACCUGGGACACAACGGACCCUACAGUCCAAACAGCAGAGGGUUCGAUUACUACUUAGGUAUUCCUUACAGUAAUGACAUGGGCUGCACUGACAAACCAGGAUACGAUCGACCCCCGUGUUUACCUUGUGUUUCAUCAGAACCUCAAGUAAUCAGACAGAGAAGGAGUGGGCAUGGUGGCUGUUAUUCCAAGGUGGCCCUUCCUCUGGUUGAAAACGGCUCUAUUUUGGAGCAGCCGCUUGACCUUUGGGCGCUCACAGAGAAGUACAAAUCUGCUGCACUCAGGAUAAUACGCAGUGCAAGAGAGCGAGUACAGCCAUAUCUUCUUCUACUGGCAUCAGCUCACAUGCAUGUCCCACUCGCGCCCACGGUGCCUGACUCUUCAGGUGACUUGGUGUAUGCUGCCAGCCUGCAAGAACUCGACAGUCUGGUUGGGGCAUUGAAGGCUGCUGCUGCUGAAAAGGAUAAAGAAAAUACUUUAAUCUGGUUCACUGGUGACAAUGGCCCAUGGGAACAAAAAUGCCAGUUUGCAGGAAGCGCCGGGCCUUUCAUUGGAAAGUGGCAGACAAAUAGAGGUGGGGGUUCAGCUAAGACGACCACCUGGGAGGGCGGUCACAGGGUGCCCGCUGUGGUAUAUUGGCCAGGCAGGAUCCCUGCAAACACCAGCAGCUCAGCUCUACUCAGUGGUAUGGACAUCUUUCCAACUGUUCUGUCCAUGGCAGGGGUAGUGCCCCCUUCAGACAGGCAUUAUGAUGGCAUUGAUGCAACAAAUAUCUUCCUUCACAAGGAAAACUCUGGUCAUGAGUUUCUCUUCCACCCUAGUAGUGGUGCUGCUGGAAAGUUUGGAGACUUGCAAACAGUUCGAGUUGGAAAACAUAAAGCCUUCUACAUCACAGGGGGAGCAGAAGCUUGCACCGGUGGAACCGGACCGGAGCAGCUCCAUGACCCGCCUCUGAUAUUUGACUUGGAGCAUGAUGAGACAGAGGAAACACCCUUGCAGUUUGAUACACCUGAGUACAAAGCUAUUGCACAGAGGGUUGCACUCAAGAGAGAGGAACUCUUAUGGGAUAUUGCCACCGACAGUUCAGUUUCCACCGCAGACUACGAUCAAGAUGAGUUAGCAGCACCAUGCUGUGAUCACAGACAGGCUGUCUGUCGAUGUCCCACUUUGUGCUGAGGCUAGAAGGAAACAUGAAAAAAUAGCAAAGCGAUGCCAUGAAGUACGCAAACCUAAAUGGGGAUGGCUAUCUUAUCUGCACAUAUACAGUAGCUGGUGCUUUGAAAGUGUUGAUUAAACGGUUUAAUGUUUAGAUUCAGCGGAUGUGCAAACGGAUGAACUUUGCUCGUUUAAUCAAAUAGUCGCUGUCUAAUUUUCUUUCAGAUUGAGUACUUUGACAGAUGAUUACUAUUUCAGAUGUCAUCAGACAUGGUAGUCUUUAAUCAUUUUUACUGAACUGUCAACAAAGUGUAGUUGAUGCAAGGUGGAGAGGUUUUUUUCAGGCCUGUUGCAGGACUUACUUUGUAAAACCAUUCUGCUGAAGCGUGGUUGAAGAGCCAUGAUUGACUUUCAUUUGUUAAUUUUCUUAGAAUUUAAAUUUGUCUUUAUUUUUGUAAGAGUCACGUUUUUUUCAGUUACCGAUGUGUUUCUUUCUUUUAUCUAAUUAGGGGUAACAACUGUUUUGUCUACAUGUGUAACUGUUACAUAAAAUAAAUAGAUGUAACAGUUUUAAUUUCUUUGUUUAAUAUUUGCUAUAGAUGUGAAAUAUACCAUUAAAUUGUAAAAUGUGCAAUUAUAUGU